GGGGCUUAAAAGGAUUUUCAAGACAAGCAAAUAAAAAAAAAUUUAGUCUUCAGGACAUGCUUGUGUCGUUGCUAAGGUGUGCAUUAUAUAAAGGCCGACGGACCAGAGACCGUUAUGUUCACCUGCAUUUCUCGGCUCAGUUAACAUCCAAGUGCAAAGAUGAAUCCUGUUGCCAUGCUUGGCUUUCUUGGUCUUCUGCUCAUCAUGCAAGUCACCUUAGUCCAAGCUACCUCUACAACAACCGAUACGACCACAGACGUGGCUACCACAACAACAAAUGAAUCGACCUCUACAUCAGCUGCAGCAAGUACACCAACAGCUGCAACAAGUUCAUCAGCGACAAAUACUACAGUAUCGUCUAAUAAUAACAACGCCGCACGACUGUCGACGACCUGGUUGCCAAGCAGCAUCUUAUGUUCAUUGGUCUUCUAGUGGUCACCUCACCCAAUAGAGGAUAAGUGUAAAGUAUAUAUCUAUCUGUGUUGAUAAGUAUGUAACAAUUACAAUAUGUAGCAUGUGUGUCCCUUCAGUCGACCUCAGUGGCAAUAUUU